AGAGUGCAGCAGACUGCAGUCUCUCCUCUCUCCUCCCUGCAGUUGGACCAGCACUAUGGCUUUCGUCUCAGUUUUGGCGUUUCUGACCCUCGCCGUCGCUGCUGAAGGAAGCGUCGGACCAAGCUCCAACAGCAGCUUCUGCACCGAGUCCAAGGAGUGCCUGGAAUAUCAGCUGGUCUGCAAAACAGACGAAUAUGAGGUGCGCCACUACAGUCCGACCCGCUGGGUGUCCACAGAUGCAGAGGCUUAUUUUAUGGGAGUGGGAGCAGCGAUGGCCUUCAGGAGACUCUUCCAGUUCAUCACCGGGGCCAACGAGGGGGGAGUCCAGAUGGAGAUGACCGCCCCCGUCCUGGUGAAGAUCCCGGAGGAGACCAGGAUGUGGGAACCAGCCGUCUACACACUCAGCUUCCCGCUGCCGGCAGCCUAUCAGGAUGAGCCGCCAGCGCCAACCAAUGACAAGCUGUACUUCACGGAGAUGCCGGAGAUGGAUGUGUAUGUGCGGGGGUACGGGGGCUGGAUGCUGUCCGUCACCUCCCGGCUGCACGCCCACCUCCUGACCAAAGAGCUGGCUAGGGUCGGAGCCUCGUACAACCACAGCUACCACUACGGAGUGGGAUACGACAGUCCCUUGAAGCUGUUGAACAGGCACAACGAGGUGUGGUACGUGGCCGAGGGGGGUGUAGUUUGCACGGAUCCUCAGGAGCCGACCCCCCCUCACACCCCCGGGCCGACUACUCCCCUCUCCCCCACAGACUCUGCCGACCCCCCCCUCCCACACACACUCUCCGACUCCCCCGUUCUCACCCCCGCCUCCAACCUGUCCUCAGCAUCCAACUCCUCAGAGCCCCCCGCCUUCCCCCAAUCUGACGCCAGUCCCUCGUCCAGCAACCCCCCCACCUCCACCGUCAUCGUGCAGGACCCGACCCCUGCCCCCGCCGCUUCAGUGAGCCCCUCCCUGCAGCCCGACGCCCCCCUGGGGAACAGCACCACCCUCCCCCUCGCCCUCAGCACUGGGGGGCCACGAGCUGACACCCCCCAAGAGGAGCCCAUCACCCCCAUCCCCCCCAUCACCCACAUCACCCACAUCAUCCCCAUCCCCCCCAUCACCCCCAUCAUCCCCAUCACCCACAUCACCCACAUCAUCCCCACAUCAUCUCCAUCACCCCCAUCAUCCCCAUCCCCACCAUCACCCCCAUCACCCCCAUCAUCCCCACCACCCCCAUCACCCCCAUCACCCCAUCACCCUCAUCACCCCGUCACCCCAUCCCCACCAUCACCCCCACCACCCCCAUCAUCCCCACCACCCCCAUCAUCCCCACCACCCCCCAUCACCCCCAUCACCCUCAUCACCCCAUCACCCCAUCAUCCCCGUCACCCCAUCCCCACCAUCACCCCCAUCACCCCCAUCACCCUCAUCACCCCAUCACCCCAUCAUCCCCAUCACCCCCAUCAUCCCCACCACCCCCAUCACCCUCAUCACCCUCAUCACCCCCAUCAUCCCCGUCACCCCAUCAUCCCUAUCACCCCCAUUAAACCCCACCCCGAUCAGCUGAUAUAUAAUAACUAA